UUGCAGCCUCGGUAUGUGGCGCAUGAGUGUGCGUUUCGGGAUGUAACAGCAGUCUCCCGGAGUAGCGAUACCAAAUUAAAUCAUACCUUACACCCGAAGGAGUUAGAUGAUAGGAUACCUGAGAGAAGCGGGCACAGCAUAGGGAAGUAUACGACAGUACGGAGCGGGGGGAAAGACGUGGAGCGGGGCAGGAGCAAAUCCAGCCGACACUGCGCGCAGAAAUGGCGGAGCAACACGCAGCCAGCGACGGCAAGCACAAAGCGUCCACCAACGCCGGGGGCUCGGUGCACGGGAACAGUCGACCCGGCGCCGCGGGUGGAGGAGGGGGCAAAGGAGGCCUGUCUGGCGGACUGACACAGCCAGCUGGGUGGCAGUCUUUACUCUCGUUUAGCAUUCUUUUUCUGGCCUGCCUGGCGGGAUUCAGCUCCAGACUUUUUGCGGUGAUCCGGUUCGAGAGCAUCAUCCACGAGUUCGACCCGUGGUUCAACUACAGAUCAACACACCAUCUCACCACCAAUGGCUUCUAUGAGUUCCUCAAUUGGUUUGAUGAAAGGGCGUGGUACCCCUUGGGGAGGAUCGUGGGUGGCACAGUGUACCCAGGGCUCAUGGCGACUGCAGGCCUUAUCCACUACGUGCUCAACAUGCUCCACAUCACCGUCCACAUCCGUGAUGUGUGCGUCUUUCUUGCACCUGUGUUCAGCGGCCUGACCGCCAUCUCCACCUUCCUGCUAACCCGGGAGUUGUGGAACCAGGGUGCCGGGCUGCUGGCAGCCUGCUUCAUCGCCAUCGUCCCCGGUUAUAUCUCUCGCUCUGUCGCUGGCUCCUUUGACAAUGAGGGCAUCGCCAUCUUUGCCCUGCAGUUCACCUACUACCUCUGGGUCAAAUCGGUGAAGACGGGCUCGGUAUUCUGGACCAUUGGCUGUUGUCUGUCCUAUUUCUACAUGGUGUCGGCGUGGGGAGGUUACGUGUUUAUUAUCAACCUGAUCCCGCUGCAUGUGUUUGUGCUGCUCCUGAUGCAACGCUACAGUCGGAGAGUCUAUAUCGCUUACAGCACUUUCUACAUUGUGGGCCUCAUACUGUCCAUGCAGAUCCCUUUCGUCGGCUUCCAGCCAAUCAGGACGAGUGAGCACAUGGCUGCUGCUGGUGUGUUUGCGCUCCUCCAAGCCUAUGCGUUCCUGCAGUACCUAAAGGACAGGCUGACCAGACAGGAAUUCCAGACACUGUUCUUCCUCGGAGUCUCUCUCGCUGCUGGUGUGGUCUUCCUCACAGUGAUCUAUCUCACAUACACAGGAUACAUUGCUCCGUGGAGUGGUCGUUUCUACUCUCUCUGGGACACCGGCUACGCUAAGAUCCACAUCCCCAUCAUAGCGUCGGUGUCGGAGCACCAGCCGACGACGUGGGUGUCCUUCUUCUUUGACCUCCACAUCCUGGUCUGCACCUUCCCAGCAGGCCUCUGGUUCUGCAUCAAGAACAUCAACGAUGAACGCGUGUUUGUGGCUCUCUAUGCCAUCAGCGCAGUCUAUUUUGCCGGCGUGAUGGUGCGUCUGAUGCUGACUCUGACUCCGGUCGUCUGCAUGCUGUCAGCCGUGGCUUUCUCCAGCGUCUUUGAGCAUUACAUGGGAGACGACACAAAGAGGGAGAAACCCCCUGCUGAGGACAGCAGCGACGAAGAUGACAAGAGGAACUCCGGGAACCUCUACGACAAGGCCGGCAAGGUGCGCAAACACGUGUCGGAGCAGGAGAAAGCAGAGGAGGGUUUGGGUCCAAAUAUCAAGUCCAUAGUCACCAUGCUCAUGUUGAUGCUGCUCAUGAUGUUCGCUGUCCACUGCACGUGGGUCACCAGCAACGCCUACUCCAGUCCCAGCGUGGUGCUCGCCUCAUACAACCACGACGGGACGCGUAACAUCCUGGAUGACUUCAGGGAGGCUUACUACUGGUUAAGACAGAAUACUGAUGAGCACGCACGUGUCAUGUCCUGGUGGGACUACGGUUAUCAGAUAGCGGGCAUGGCUAACAGGACCACUUUAGUGGACAAUAACACGUGGAACAACAGUCACAUAGCGCUGGUGGGGAAAGCCAUGUCUUCCAAUGAGAGUGCAGCCUACCAGAUCAUGAGGUCCCUGGACGUGGACUAUGUGCUGAUCAUCUUUGGAGGUGUAAUUGGUUACUCGGGCGACGAUAUUAACAAGUUCCUGUGGAUGGUGAGGAUUGCCGAGGGUGAGCACCCUAAGGACAUCAGGGAGAGCGACUACUUCACUCCUCAGGGAGAGUUCAGAGUGGAUAAGGCGGGUUCACCAACUCUGCUCAACUGCCUCAUGUACAAGAUGUCUUACUAUCGCUUUGGUGAAAUGCAGCUGGAUUUUAGGACGCCGCCUGGCUUUGACCGGACACGUAACGUCGAGAUCGGCAACAAGGACAUUAAGUUCAAGUACCUGGAGGAAGCGUUCACUUCAGAGCACUGGCUGGUCAGGAUCUACAAGGUGAAGGACCUGGAAAACAGAGAGCCGCUCGACCACAAGCUCCGUAGUGUCGUGCCCAAGCAGAAGUACACCUCCAAAAAGACCGCCAAGAGGAAGCGAGGGCACAUCAAGAACAAACUUGCCAUGAAGAAGGGCAAGAAACUCCAAAAAAAAUAACGGCGACGAAUCGUGAACUGUAGGAGAACAAACGUGAAGAAACCUCUAAA